AUGCCUGGUGGUACAACAAGCACAAACUUCAUUAACACCAAUUAUCCAUUAUUUCAAGAUGUUCACAUGAUGACAUUGGUUGGUAUGGGAUUUAUAAUGGUUUUCUUACGACGUUACGGUCUUGCUGCUCUUUCAAUUAACCUUUUGUUGACCUCACAUGCUAUUCAAUGGGCACUUAUUGUACGUGGUUUCUUCUCUCAUGAAUUUGCCACCAUUGGACGUUUUGCAAUUUCCAUCCUUGAUUUAAUCACUGCUGAUUUUGUUGCUAUUACCGUUCUGAUUACAAUGGGAGCUGUUUUGGGCAAACUUACUCCGGUGCAGUAUAUGGUCAUGUCAGCUAUCGAAGUACCAAUUGCUGUUGCUGUUGAACAUUUCAUCUUACGUUAUCUGAAGGUAAUUGAUAUUGGCCGUUCAAUGGUGAUCCAUUGUUUUGGGGCAUAUUUUGGCUUGGCUGUUGCAAAAGUAAUCAACAAAAAGGAAAUGAUUUCACAUCAGCAUGAGGGUUCCAGUUACAAUUCUAACAUCUUUGCUAUGAUUGGUACCUUAUUUCUAUGGGCAUUUUUCCCAUCAUUCAAUUCAGCUCUAGCAAUUCCCGAAGAUUCUCGACACCGUGCUAUCCUGAACACCUAUUUAGCGCUUUGUUCUUCCACUAUUUGUACUUUUUUGAUCAGUCAACUUUUCGAUCACGAGCAUAAGUAUCGUUUCUCAAUGACACAUAUAUCAAAUUCGGUUCUUGCUGGUGGUAUUGCUAUUGGUACUGUUGCAAAUAUUAUUUUGGAACCAUUUUAUGCUCUUUUGCCGCUUGGAGCUCGAGUUUUUGGACUUCAUGAUACACGUGGUGUUGGAUCAAUUCAUGGAUUACCUGGUAUUCUGGCUGGUAUUCUUGGUUUCAUUUUUACGGCUGUAUAUGAACCAACUCGUUAUGGAACUGGCAAUAUAACCCAUAUUUAUCCAGCAAUGAACAGCAAUGAUGAAAGUCGUGAAAUAUUUGUACAGGCUGGUUAUCAGCUUGCAGCGCUUGCAAUUGUCCUGAUAGUUUCGAUCAUUGGCGGUGCUGUCACUGGAUUAAUCUUAAAAUUGAAUUGCUUCAAUCGUAUUCAUGAAAAGGAAUACUAUUCGGAUGGCGAAUUCAUCGAACCACCAGAGGAUUAUGAUUUCACCACUAGGAUCAUCUCAAAAAUCGAUCACAUUGAAUUAACCGAACAUACGGCACUUAAUAAAGAAUCGACAACUUCUGUUGGACCAAGCAAUCCUUGAGAAGAAUUCAUUAACAAUGAAUGUGAUUCAUUAAUUAUUUCAUUAUGACCUCUGCAAUAUCCUGUUUACUUUAAGGAUAAACAAUAAUUUUGCAGGAGAAAAUAAUUUACUAUUCAAAUUUUAGCUUUAAUUCAGAACUGUGUGACCUGUCUGUCAUAUUUAAUUCCAUCCAAAUAUCAUAUUUCUACUUUCUUG